CACUUGCGUGAUCCUGGACGACGGCGGUAUGAAGUGCUGGGGUCGCAACGACAAUGGGCAGCUCGGCUACGGUGACACCAACACUCGAGGGAACUCCCCCGGGUCGAUGGGCGACAACUUACCCGCAGUGGACCUUGGGCCUGGUCAGUCUGCAAAGUUCAUCGCCCUCGGUGCUGACCACACCUGCGUGAUCCUGGGCGACGGCGGCGUGAAGUGCUGGGGCGGCAACGGCUAUGGGCAGCUCGGCUACGGCAACACCAAUAAUUAUAACAGUGGAGGCAGCCUCGCGGCGGUGCACUUCUCACCGACGGUCAAGACUGUCGCCGCGGGUAAUUCCAGAAUGUGCGUGAUGCUUUACGGCGGCAGCGUGAAGUGCUGGGGUCGCAACGACAAUGGGCAGCUCGGCUACGGUGACACCAAUACUCGAGGGAACUCCCCCGGGUCGAUGGGCGACAACUUACCCGCAGUGGACUUUGGGUCUGGUCGAUCGGCAAAGUUCAUCGCCACCGCUAACCACCACACGUGUGCAAUCCUGGACGACGGCAGUACGAAAUGCUGGGGCGCCAACCCCUACGGGCAGCUCGGCUACGGCGACAUCACGAAUCGCGGCAACUCCCCCGAGUCGAUGGGCGACGGCUUACCCGCGGUCGACUUUGGGUCUGGUCGAUCGGCGAAGUUCAUCGCCGUCGGUUUCGAGCACACGUGCGCGCAACUGGACGACGGCAGUAUGAAAUGCUGGGGUAGAAAUGCCUACGGCGAGCUCGGCUACGGCGAUACCCAGUAUCGCGGGGACGGUCCCGGGUCGAUGGGCGACGACUUGCCCUCGGUUUUCCUCGGCGACUUUGCCGUCGCCGAGCCGUGGCCCUACGCUAUACAUCCGUGGGUGAAGAUGAAAAAGUACGGGUUCAACGUCGAUCCGAACCGAUGCGCGGCGAGGGACUACAGGUCGCACUGCCCGAGGCCGAUGAACGUGAAGACGAACGCUGAUGAUUGGCCGAGCUAUGUUAACCCAACACCCGUUAACCCAAACUCGUGUGCCCGGGAUCUGUACCGGACAGGCGGCAGAGUCGUGUUCAGCUUGGUGGAUGACAACAGCGUCAAGGAUCUUCCUUCCUCCGCCGCGGAAAUCGCCGCUGGGUUUCAAAAUCCCAAUGCGUUCUACAUCGGCAACGCUGAGUUGGAAGCCAUCAACAUCAAAUCCGCGAAGAUGUGCCUGGAGCGAUCAAAGGCGAGAGGGGACUCCGAGUGCAACACAAAUUGUCUCGACAUCGUGGAUUCGCACUGGAGCAGUUGUGACGCUCACGCCAUUUUCAGCUCAGGGACAAAGAACGUGAUAAUGGCUAUGACGGGUCAGCUCGCCAUGGGCUCGUGCUCGAGUUUUUAUGACGGUCAGACCGGUUGCGACUCGACUACUGGUGACUACUGCUGGUCGUGUGGACGGAAUGGAAAGGUUGGUCAGGCAUCAAGCAUUCAGAAUAAUUGGCACGCACAUAACUAUGGCAUGAACCUCCGGCGCGACGGAGGCACGGAUGAACUGUACCACUAUACCACUACUGCGAGCGGUAAGUGUGCCAUGGUGUACGAGAAUGGUGACACGUACUGGGACUCGUUCUACAUCGUCGUGCAGGAGUAGCUGCAGGAGUAUAGAUUAUGAAACAGUCGAGUGACUGCUGCGAGGAGCAGCUUUGACGUGU